AGGGCACUCCGCCAAGUGCAAGGCCAAAUUGCGGUAGAAGGCAAAAAGCACGAGGAGCACGGCGACCCCCUGGGAUUUCACGUCGUCCUUUCGCGCGAAGGAUGUGUGUGCAACUGCUGUGUUCCGCUUUGAAAGCGAUCACCGGUGCAGGAGGCGGAUUAUAUAAGCCGAGCAGACACCCUUUCAUCAUCAGUUCUCCUGGGCGUUAGAGGUUCAGAUCUCCAUCAUGGUUUCCAGAGCAACGAUCUGCAUUUUCAUUGUGCUUGCUGCUGCCGCUGUAUGCAACGCCCAGUUUAGAGCCGGAGGAGGAGGACGACGUCCCCACUUUAACUUCAGGCCGGAACCUCCAAGGCACCGCGUUGACGUCUUUGGCUCUGCCUCUGGAAACAACCGCAGAAACUUCAACGCCAACGUGGGCGUAAGAGGAGAAUACGAUCUGCAUCGCUUUAAGAACGGAGGCACCAUCACUGGUCACGUGGAAGGGUCCCAGUCCUUCGGUCGCUUCGACGGACAUUCCUACAAGGGAAAACCACAGGGAGGAGUUGGCAUCAGCGCUAACAUCCCAUUCUAAACCUGGAGCGAUCUCUUUUGGAGAGCAACUGGUACUGCUGUAGAAGAUUACGAGUUCCUAUACGUUCGUGUGAUAUUUCAUUAAGUUCCUUACGUGAUGAAACGUGUAAACUAGUCUGAAGGUAGAGUUCCUUUCUGCGUUACAGGCCAUUUGUAAACAAUGUGUUGUCUGUGGGCAUCGUGAAACUUUGUAAACAGUACGGAAAUAAAAUACGCAGUCAAUAAUAAUGGUA